AUGAAGGAGCCGUCACUAACUUACUUCCUUUCGUACCGCAGCCCUGACGGCAGCAAGCUCAGAUCAAAGAGCGCGCUUGCGGAGUAUUUUCGGAAAACUGGUGAGACAACGCUAAAAGCAGAAGACUUUGAUUUUACAGCUCCUCGUCAGAGCAGUGCCCGCUCGAGGGUGAAAAGAUGCGGCACAAAAGCUGCGGGAACUGUUUUAGAGAACGAGGAUUGCCACAGGCAAGUGCAAGGCCUCGGUACACAAAACGGUGCAGAGGACAGAAUUCUAAAUGUUCAGACUGGAAAUGAGCACCUGGAAGAUGUUACGUCCACUCCAGAGAGUGAAGAUUUGAUCACGAAAGGCAUAAACCCCCAGGACUGUUUGAAAAUGAAAAAAAAGGGGGCAGGUGGAAAAGGCAUUCAGAGUGAGAAGACUGGAAGGAGCUCAGGGAAGAGGAAUCAAGAUAAUACGCAGAAGAAAAGGCAGAGAAGAGUCUGUAGCCAAGAGGAAGCUGAGUGCGUUCAGAGCAAGAAGCUCUGUCGAGAGACAGACCCGCGUGCCGCUGGUGGUCAGGGCGUUGCUGAUCAGAACACCGACCCGCUGGGUGCAGGGAGAGCUCCGUGGAGGGUGACCAGGUCACAGUCGGGCGCACGGCUGAGGCCAGCGGCAGCUCGCGCGCAGAGGCAGCUGGAGGUCCUGGCAGCGGAGGAAGGUGUGGAGGCAGGUUCUGCAAAGCCUGAGGAGAAAACCGCAAAAUACUUGGGUUUUCUAAUGCUGAAGUAUUAUUUCUUUACAGAAGAGUCUGUCCCACGAACACAAGUGGAUAGGAGGAAAACGAGUCCCUAUUUUUCAAGUAAAUACAGUAAAGAAGCUCCCAGCCCACCUAGAAGGAAGGCCUUAAGGAAAUGGACUCCUCCACGCUCUCCUUUUAAUCUGGUCCAAGAAACACUUUUCCAUGAUCCGUGGAAACUUCUCAUUGCAACCAUAUUUCUCAAUAAAACUUCAGGCAAGAUGGCAAUCCCUGUGCUCUGGGAGUUCCUGAAGAAGUAUCCUUCUCCGGAAAUAGCCAGGGCCGCAGACUGGAAAGAGAUGUCAGAGCUGCUCAAACCGCUCGGCCUCUACGAACUCAGAGCAAAAACCAUCACCAAGUUCUCGGACGAGUACCUGAGCAAGCGGUGGAAGUACCCCAUCGAGCUGCACGGCAUCGGCAAGUACGGGAACGACUCCUACCGCAUCUUCUGCGUCAACGAGUGGAAGGAGGUGCAGCCGCAGGACCACAAGCUGAACGUGUACCACGCGUGGCUCUGGGAGAACCGGGAGCGGCUCAGCCUGGGCUGA